AUGUAUACGAGCAUGCACCUUCGCCUCGGCGUCAUCGGCCUGAUGGUCGCGGCCACGACGGCUACGAAUACCAGCCCCGCCGCCGACGGCUCUGCCAUGUUUUACUGCGGAGUAGAAGACCAUUCUCACCGUCCUGAGAUGCAAGGCUUGCAAAAGCGAGAAUGGAUAGAGGAUGACGGCCGAUUUCUGGAACUGGAUGCUGUUGUCCACCUCUGCUGCCCGCCGGGUGUCGAUUGCCCUACCGGAGAAUCCGUCAGUCUGCAGAUGGACCUCGUGGCGAAGAAGUAUAAACAGGCCGAUAUUGGUUUCAGACUCGUAACGGCACAUAGGAUAACCCAGGAUCCAUGGUGCCAUACCAAUACCUUGCGUGACACCAAGGGCAUGAACGAGUUUAGGAGAAGACACCACCAGGGCGGCCCGAGCACGGCCAAUAUAUACUACAUGCCAUAUUUAGAGGGGAGCUGGAAGGGAAUUUGUUACAUGCCGAGCAUGGAUUCUAACAUAACCGAGGUCUUAGGCGACCUCGAUGGCUGCAUCGUCGCCAUGGACACCCUUCCCGGUCGUUCUCAUGGAUACAACCCCCCUGCAGAGCAGAAGGGCGGUUGCAGCGGAUUUUUUGGCUGCUUUUGGCACUGGUUUACCAGCAGGAGCAUUGACGAGCUGACGCUUACGUCCCGGAGCCUCGAAGAGUCGGAGCCUACGUCGCGGAACAUGGUCAAGGAGUCGGACCCUUCAUCUCGAAGCGUGCGUCGAGCACCACAGGGCCAGGAUGCACACGAAAACGCUUUCUUUCACUUGACCACUGUUCACGAACUUGGUCAUUUCCUGAGCCUCCCACACUGGAACCGCACCGAGAACAACAUUAUGGUGGCGAGUUACGAUUUGGUGAACCACUUCGUCUACGACUUCGACGACGAGCAGAUACCUAUUUUGCGGCAGAUGGCCAUGAAACGUCUGCACGAACUGGACCCUAAUUAUGCCCCUAAGCAAAAUUCGCAAUGGCAGCCCCAGAGACAGAAGCAGAGCAAGUGGCAGUGGAACGGCCACAGCCAGGACAAGGACGAGCACCAGCACCAGGGUCAGGGCCAGGGCCAGGGUCAAGGCCAGAACAAGAACGGUCCAUCAUCAUGCAAACCCAAGGAGGGCCUGCCGCAGACAAUCCACUGUCCCGGCUUCCCGGAUGACCUCUCGUGUCUGAACAACGCUUGGGGUUCGGGCGGUGGCGAUGGUGCUGCGGAUGAUCUGGCAUUGAUUUAUGUCAUUCAGAAGAGCGAAGAUGGGUCGCGCCUUCGUGCCCAGCCGGCGUACAUUCCUUACAAAAAAAGCGAUGUAUGCGAAUGA